AUGCAAGGUUACGAGAAAGUUCAAAAGGAAAAAGAACAAACCGUUGAAAACGAGAUCAGAGUUAUGGCCAAGGGUCAAAUUAAGAAGUAUUUGGGCUACGCUCUUAGAAUUCUUACCAAGACUGACUUCAAGAGCCUCGAAAUUAGAGGUACCGGCAAUGCCAUCGUUAAAGCGCUCAUUUUGAUUGAAUUGGUUAAGAGAAGAGUUGGCGAUCUCCAUUAGAUCAACAAUAUCACAAGCACUGAGAUCGUUGAUGAAUUCAAGCCAAUUGUUGAAGGUCUUGAGAAGGUUGAGCAAAGAAGAAGAGUCACUUGCUUGAACUGCGUUCUUUCCAAAGAACCACUUGAUACCAACAAUAUUGGUUAUCAAGAGCCAACCAAGAAAGAGGAACAAACUCAAAGAAGAUUCAACGAUGAUAACAACAAGGAUGCCGAUGCUAGACCAAGAGGUGGUCCAAGAGGUAGAGGUGGCUUCAGAGGUGAUAGAGGAGACAGAGGAGACAGAGGAGAUAGAGGAGAUAGAGGGGAUAACAGAAGAGGUGGAAGAGGUGGAAGACCACCAAGAGUUUACAAUAAUGAUUUAUCCCCACAAAGAGAAGAGAGAAGAGGAUACGAGCCCAGACACGAUGAUAGAGAUAGACAAGAUAACAGAAGAAACUAUAGAGAUAGAGAUGAAGGUAGAUAAUACAGAGGAAGAGGGGAAAGACCACAACAAAAAGUUCGCAAUGAUUUAUCCCCUCUAGAAGAAGAAGGUAGAUAAUAAUAUAGAGGAAGAGGCGGUCCUAGAUUUAGACCAGAUAUCAGAGAUGAUCUCGACUUGCCAAGAAGAGGUGGAAGAGGUGGACUCGAGUUCAAUGAUAGACCAAUGAGAGGUGGAAGAGGCGGUCCAAGAGGCGGCUUUAGAGGCAAUGAUGACAACUUCAGAGGCGGAAUGAGAAGAGGCCGUGGAGAUGAGCAAUUUAGAGGAGGAAGACCACAAAGAACUGAGUUCUAGGAGAGAAAUUUCGACCAUGAACCAAGAGGAAAUUACAGAGGUGGAAGAGACUUUGACGCUCCUAGAGAUUUCGAGCCAAGAGGAGGCUUCAGAGGAGGCGAUAGACCUUACAGAGGCAGAGGUGGUGACAGACCAUACAGAGGCAGAGGAGGCUUCAGAGGUGCUGAUGAUCUUGGAAGACCAACUACAAGCUUCAGAGAUAGAGAUGAGCAACAGGAAGGCUACCCAUCAAGAGGUGAUAGAAGAGGUGGCAAUGGUGGACCAAGAAGAGGAGGUUUCAAUGCUGAUAGACCAUAAUACAACAAUGAAGGAGGUAUGGGUGGCUAUAGAGGCGACAGAGGAAACAGAGGAGACAGAGGAGACAGAGGAGAAAGAAGUGACUAUCCAAGAGGUGGAACCAGAUAUAACUAAUGA